UAUCUUUAUAUGCAAACAAGAAGGGGUUAUCAAAAACAGAUUUACCAAACUCUUGGAUUGCACGACCAAAAAAGGCUGCUAAACAAAAUGUGAAGACCCUGUCUGACUUGUUUCCCCAAAGCAAACCUGAGUAUAGGGCCACUUCCAGAAAAAUUGAAGCCAGAGAUAAACAAAUGCUUUUUGAAAAUCUGGCAAUGUCAACCCCAUGCCCGUUACUGUGGAUUGUUGGGCCAGAACCCCCUGCAACAUCAACACCGGAAAAAGUGUUUCAGAACCCGGAACUGUUGAAAGCAUCCUGGAUGUCUUCAAAAAAGAUCAGCAACGGUUAAUGGAGAGAUGCCACGUUACCUCUGAUCAAAUUAAAUGGCUUACAGAGAAAAACAAAAGAACAGCAAAGGUCAUUGUUAUGGGGCAAACAUAGGUAGUUUCGACUAACAGGUAGCAAUUUUGGUGUCAUAGUUGCAGCAUAUGACAGACACCAGUUAACAGCUAGACCAUCAUUAUUCAAAUCGUUGAUGGGAGAGUAUAACCUUGCAGGGAAAGACUAAAUAUUAUGAGGACAAAUGCACGAAGAGAGGGCCAUUAUUAACAGAGGGCAACUCUGUUAAGUGUGUUGGUCUGAUUUUACUCCCUUGUGGUUUCCUUGGAUACUCUCCAGAUGGGGUCAUAACUGGGGCAGCAAAUUAAGAGCAUGGUAUCCUGGAAGUCAAAUGCCUUGGCGACACAGAAACAGAAAUUUUGAUGAGAUGAUGCAAGAUGAGCUGAAAGGCCAGGAGACUGCUGCUUCUUUCUUAAAGCAGGUUAGAAAGUCUGGCAACUCAAAAGAGCUGAUGUGGGAAUCUUCAUAACAAAGAAAGGAGAAUUAAAGGAGACACAUAAUUACUGACAUCAAGUACAGGGGGAAAUGGAAGCUGCCAAUGUAUCAUGGGCACAUUUUGUAAUUUGGACAACCAAAGACCUUCAAGUAAUUUAUGUCAGCAAUGGCUGGGCAGAAACAAACAUACCCAAGCUAGCAUAAUUUUAUAUUAGAGAGUUUUUGCCAAAAAGAGAGAAAGCUUGGAUAACGAAUUUUUACAGUUUGAUACAAGUUAUCCUGAUCUAUUUGUUAUAGGUAAUAUGAAGAUUUAUUUGUUAUAGGUAACUUGCACAGAAAUAACACUCAUAUUCUGAUCAAAUAGCACACAAAUUUUAAUAAGACUGAUCUUGCACCACUAUUUUUAAAUGAACAUACAUAGCUGUAAUACCACUAUUUAGUGGACUUUGUAAAUUUACCAAAGCAGAACAUACUUGGAUUAUUUUAUUACAGAAAGGCCUAAACUUACAAGAAAUUAAGUUAAGUAUUUUAUAGUUUCUCAUUCUUUCAAUUGCUCUUUCCACCUGGAUCAGUGAGCUUGAGAUUUUCUUGCAAAAGUGCUUCUUCCUUUGUAAAUUUGGAUUUGCCUGACAAGAAUGGAGGUAGGUUUAAAAACACAUCUCUUGGAAUUAGGUCAUGGAUCAUAAAUCCUUUGUCAGGUAAAACGAGCUCCAGCCUGUAAUUAAAAAUAGAUUGGCUCCAUUAUUUGAUUUGCAUUUUUCUUGUGCAUUUCACAUUUAUAAAAUCUGAAUGGCAAUUCUGAGAAUGAACACAUAAAGAGCAUAUAAAUUUGGAGUGAAAAUCAUUUAAACCAAUGAAUGUUGUUUUCUGCCAUUUUCUUGUAACUAUAGUUUCAUUUUGAGUUUUUUGUACUAUUAAAAUUUGGUAAUGGUUGAUAAUGUAUUUCUAAAACAAAAAUAUAUUUUUCAAUGAUAGAAGAUGUGAAGAGAUGGACCAAAUAAGAACCUAGGCGAAUUAUUAGAAGCCAAUUCUCUAAUAUUCUACUGUAGGUAAUCUACCGUCCAGCCAAACAAGUUUGAAGUUACAAUAUUAUAAAUGAUGAAUGUCACCCUUAUCUUGAGCUAGUUCAUCAAACAACCUUCUAUAAGGUCCUGGAUUGUAAGUAAAAACCUUAAGAUGAGAAAUUAUGUGCGAUUGGUCUGUGACAACUUUGUCACUAGUGCUGCCUGGGUAGCCAUUGCUGACAAAUGUGAAUGAUCCAAUGAGUUACUUUGCCGUGAGUCUUUGUUUGUUGUUACUGUAGCUUGUUGCAGCUGCCUCCAAAUCUUUCCUUAGAGUUUCAAUUCGAAACUCGGUGCAGUCGAUUAUGAUCCUGCAAUUUGGUAUGUCCUUUGAUGAUUCAGGCAUGCUGUAUCUGUUUUUGACUAUUGAAGGCAAUUGGUCCAAACAUCCAAUGAAAGUUAGUUCAUGUAAGACAUAUAGGUGUGUAAGAAAAAUGUUCUGGAUUGUUGUUUGGCUAACAGAAAAUCGUUUGGCUAAAUCAAAAUAAGGGAGGUCUAGCUUCAUUUUCUUCAGAAAAACAAGUAGCUGGUCUGAUGAACUAAGGGAGUUCACUGUUUUUCCACUCCAUGUAUGUGGACUACAAAUUUACCUGAUUGAAAAAUUAUUAAGUGUGAGAAGGAAGAACCGCAGGAUAGGCUGUCCGCCGGAUUCUGUGAAUCUUGCAAUGAGAUUUUAAAAUGAAAGGUAUACAGGAACAAAGCAAUACGACGAUGAGAAUCCAAUGUCACGAAAUAAAUUUUCAAAAUAAAUUAAAUUUAAGAGUAUACUAAAAUUAUUGCCUGAAAUUUUUAAGCUACUGUCACAAACCGCUGCAAUACAUUUUAUCAAUCCAACUCUGUAUAAUAAUAACGGCCGUUGCUAAUAGACUUGGCAAAUCUCUAUAUCAGGAAGGAAAAAGGAUAUAGUUACUACCUGAGGCGCACCAUGGUUGCCGCCAAAGGAGAAGGAAAUUUUCAAAUUUUGAUGCUGCCAGCUCACUUGAAAAUGAACUUUUUCAAGCAAUUUUCACUAAAGCAAUCCUCCUAAUCCUAUUGAAAAUUAUUGUUUUUUUGGAAAAAAAUUUUUACAGCAGAUAAAAACAACAAUUUAGCCGUGGUCUUGAAAAAUACCAGGUUGUCAGCUACUUCUAAAUUUAGAUCCCUCUCUCCAUCUUAGCAUGUCUUUUGAAUGUUAAGAAAAAUCUGGAGCUCAUAGUGAAUUGCAGUUGACGCUUUUACUGAGAAACUUUAGGAGAAAUGGGCACAAGGCACAAUUUUACCUAAAAAGGGUCUGGAUUUUUAGAUUUAUUGCCAACAAGCAAUCUUCAAAUCUUCAAAUUAUUAGUUUGUUUACCUUCAUUCAUAUCAAGGAAAAUCAUGUUUAACCAACGGAGAAACUGCCUUCGCUUGAUACAAUUGAUUUUAUGACAUGAAGGUCUCUGAAAUACCUAAAGCGUAUCUUGGAAUGAUGAUGGAUAUGUGCUGGCUGGUAAUGUGUCAUGAUGGGAGGGAAUUCAAAUUUGCAAGGAAUUUGUAUCUGCUCAAAGUUAUACUCACAAUUCUGAAGUUAAUCAUGUGGAUGAAUGUUGGAAUUUCUUUCAUUUUUUCAAGAAUUUAGCAUAUUUUUGAUAAGAACUAAAAUAUUAUCACUUUGAUUAACAUUUCUAUAUCCAAAUAAAUCACGAACAUUAUUUUGGCUUUGCAAACUCAUCAGUUCAUCUGAGUAACAGGUGUGCAGUGGUCUUUAAUUGGAAUUUUGACAAAGUUGUUUUAUAGAAAAAAACGCGUUGAAUCAUACCAUAAUCUAUUCUCCAAUCAUUUUGUCAAAACGAAGUCAAAAUAUAUCUCAAUUAAUGUAUCGAGGCCUUUCAGAAAAAUUAUAAAUAAAUGGCCAUCCAGACUGUCAUGGUGGUCAAAUGAUUCAAACAUUGUAUCUGUGCCUCACAAUUAUGUGGAAGCCUCGAACAAACUCACACUGGAAAAUAUUUGGUUGCUAACUUCGUCACUUAUUUACUUGAAAACUGUGUUGAAUAUUAAAAAACUGAAAAUGUAUCAGGUACUUGUGUUUGAUAAGUUUUCAUUCAAGGUAAAAUUAAUUUUGCGUGUAAUAGCCAUAUUUACCAAUACAGCACAGGUCUGCUUCUCGAUCAAUUGUCUUCUUUUUAAAAUGCAGAUAAAUUGAAAAAUAAAACGAGCCUUAACUGUAAGGUGAAGUUUGAUUGAAUUCUUCUCUGUCAUCAGCAGAAACGAAUGAUCUUCUCUGUCAAUCAACUUUGGUAUUGAUUGUUUUAUCUGGAUGCAAAUAAUUCAAAAUCUGUCGUAAAACUAAAAUGAUUUAAACUAGAAUGGAGGAUUUGAGAAUUAAGCAUCCAUUCAGCACUUGUAGUGUGAAUACGCUAGGAUUGAGUAUCUGCAUCUAUAUUUUGCUUUCCAGGAAUAUGAGCAACAGAGAAAAGGUUUAGUGGAAAGUUUAUUCGUUUUGCCACCCUGUUUAGUGUUGUUUAGUAGUGUUGAGUGUUGUUAAGCAAAGUUUGAUCCUGUUAAAAAAUGUUUAGCGUUGUUUAGUGUUGUUUUGAAAAUGUUUAGUCGUUUUGCCACCAAUUAAACAUUGGUUGUGCUAGCGCAGGCACGGUAGCUGUGGGAAUCAAAAGGUUUUCCAGGGUUUUUCUCGGUUUUCCAGUCUAUAUGUGACCCAAAAUCUUUAUAAUUCCUUCGUGAGACAAUUUCUUUGUCUCCUUGAAUGAUACUGUGUCUUCUUCAACAGUCAACUUUUCUAUCAAUGUAUCUAUGUAUUGUAUCAAUGUAUUAGGUAAAGUAUCUUUUCCCCCUUUCUUUUAGCAAAUUCUUAUUUUUAACCAUUUUUUGCACUUGAAGUCUUUUAUGCAGUAACAGAAAGAAAAUUUCUAUGCAAAAUGCCCUACAACCCCACAGCAUCUUACACAGAUUGCAGUUCAAAAAUGUUGAGCAAAGUUUAGUGAAAAGUUUAGUCACGUUUCGCCACCCCCUCUAAGCUUCGCUUAACUUCACUAAACAAAUGUUGAGUCAAAUUUUUAGUGAAAUGCCUAAUGAAAUUUUUAGUCAUUUUGCCAGGGCUUAAGGUUGGUAUAGAUUAUUCUCGUUUGUUUAGAUGAAUUUAUUUCAUAUGACAAAUAAUACCAUCAAAUCACUAUCAAAUUAAUAGCAAACACAAUAAAAAAUCACAUCUUAUCAGGCUACUGCAGUUUCUAAAAAUUUCUUCAGGCAAACUCAAUUAGUGAGAUUCGCAUGUUAUUAAACUGGUUGGGGGUUUGACAUGUAGAUAUGUAUAUUUGUAUACAUGUUAUGAUGCACAGAUCUCUCUUAUUGUUAGGCUGCGUUCACACUGCACAAUCAUUUUAAAUCAUCUCUAGUCGCUAUCAGAUAAUUUCUAAAGAAACUUUUGUAGCGUUCAAAUUGGCAAAUAUAAAGACGCUAGUUAAUGUGAUUUUGCUUGUUAGUUAGCUGCCAGUUUAGUUACACAUAUGUGUUCGCAAGAUGGAUUUCAAACUUUCAAUAACUGAAGUCUAAAAGCGCCCAGCUAUUUAGGAUCCUAGGGAUCCUAGGCAUUGCAACAGAGAUGUUACAGUGAGAUGUUGGACAAAGGUUGCACAAAUAAUGCAGUCUGAAGAGACAUCGUGGGCCUUCCAUACAUUCUUUCAAGUCAAGCAUUGCUGACAGAAACAAAACAAACAAACAAAAAAUGAAAAGUUUGGAUUCUUUGGUCACAGUGAGUUUCAAGCAUUUACAGAUAAUCCAACUGUGCUAUUCAAAGUAUGUGCAGCAAGACAUUCAAGAAGCCAGCAAUGCAAUCAACAACACAGAUUUCGAUCAAACAGUUGUCAACACAAUGUUGAGCCAGAAUGUGCUACAUUUUGACGUUGACAGCAAAAGGAAACUUUUGACAGCUGCAGUUUUGGGAAAUGGAAUAAAGCGAAGAAAGCUAUGGGACAUAAAUAGAAAACCCGAAUGGUGGCCAGCUGAUGUUCCUUUUCGUUCUCCAAAUGCACAGCCAAAAUGCAGCGUGAUGGAACUCGACAAAGUACUGGAAAAAUGCAAUGCUCACUUUGUCGAACGGUUUGGUCCUGAACCAUUGGAAGUUGAUCAGCAUGGCAUGGGAGUUGAUAGGGAGGUUGACGAGGAGGCUGAUAGAGCUAUAGAGCAGCAUUCUGAACAAUACGGAGAGAACGCUAUUGAUCCAGAAGUAGGAACGAUCAGAAUGCUUGCAAAGAGCUUACAGAUCUAGAUCUAAUGCGCAUCGAAAUUGAUAGAGACAUUUAUAAAGUAUGAUCAAUUGUAUUCUUAUGUAAAUAGGUUCUUUGUUCCUUUUCUGACAUAUUUGAAGUACAGUUUAUAACAUGACGAGUUUAUAACAGUUUAUAACAUACAAAAGAAGCAACUACAAGCCAAGUCAAACAUACAGUUAUGUUGUAUAUUUCCAUGCAGCAAGUGUUUGAUUUGUGAUAGCAUUUUAAUUACAAUGCAAUAUAAAGGACUUAUCAAUAAUGUCUUUUGAAAGUGAAGGUUUUUGAAUUAGGGGUUUAUGAGAACGCUCCCAUAAGAAAUUCAGAAAACAAUGUUUUGUCAGAUAUUGACAUUGAAAAUGUUUUCUGCCUUUAGUGAAGGUAGUCGCAAAAUAUGUUCCUGUCCAAGGAAAAGGCAACAAAAAUGAAGAUAGAUCUGUUUUUACGAUCUUGAUUUUUGUUGACAGCAAUUUUUUGUCAAUGUCUCAAAAUAAGGUAGAAUCUAUCCCCUAUUUAUGCUGAAUUUUACCUGAUGUUCAUCAGGAAAGAAUCACUACAAAAUAUUGAAAAAAGACGACCUUUUGCUAGAUA